AUGGCAACAAUGCAGGCCACACCACGACCGCACACACUGACGCUCCGCUUCAAGCAGCAGCGCACGACCAUCCUGCUUGAAGUAGAGCCGCUACAGAAGCUGUCCGAGAUACGAGCCUUACUGCUCCACGCCAUACAGCAGACUCAUCAAUCUGGCAACAUCAAUGGCCAAGACAUACCACAAAACUCCGACCAGGUCAAGCUGGGCAAGGCCGUGGACCGCCACAAUUUGAAGUUAGGCUUCACCUCCCUCGACAAAGAGCUGCCGGAGGAAGCACCAACCGGCAAAGGCAAAGGCAAGGUAUCGGCUACCAACAAGUCCGCCACGAGCCAGCUGAAAGACUGUCCCCAAGGCGUUGGACUCAAGAGUGGGGAUGUCGUUGCCUUCAAGUUCGCAGAUCAGGAUGAGGCCGCAAUGGUCGAUAUGGAAGGCGAAAUAGUGGAGAAAUGGGACGUGUCGAUACCCACCCUCGAGGAGGCAUACGGCGACGAAGGUGGUGACGAGGGCGUUGGACUUGAAGAGGGUUGA